GACCAAUCACAUCGCGCCGUGGUCUGCUACUGUCUGAGCUCUGGAUGCGAACUGUAAGCGGCGAGUCCAGAGUCGUGAGUUCGUAGUUGUUGAGUCCAGAGUCGUGAGUUCGUAGUUGUUGAGUCCAGAGUCGUGAGUCCAGAGUCGUGAGUUCGUAGUUGUUGAGUCCAGAGUCGCUAGACGAGGUUGACGAGCGGACUUCUCUCACGACAAAGCGAGGAGCAGCAGCAGCAGCAACAAGCAGCGACAUCGUUAUGUCGGCGGCCAUGGAGAAGCACCUUUUCAAUCUGAAGUUCGCGGCGAAGGAGCUGACCCGGAGCUCCAAGAAGUGCGACAAGGAGGAGAAGACUGAAAAGGCUAAAGUGAAAAGGGCGAUCGCGAAGGGCAACAUGGAGGUGGCGCGGAUCCACGCGGAGAAUGCGAUCCGACAGAAGAACCAAUCGCUCAACUACUUGCGCAUGAGCGCUCGUGUGGAUGCCGUGUCGGCCCGCGUGCAGACAGCCGUCACCAUGGGCAAGGUCACGAAGUCUAUGGCUGGGGUAGUAAAGAGCAUGGACGCUGCUCUGAAGAGCAUGAACCUAGAGAAGAUCUCGGCACUCAUGGAUAAGUUUGAAUCUCAGUUUGAGACCCUGGACGUUCAAACUGCACAGAUGGAGGACACGAUGAGCAGCUCUACCACACUCACCACUCCACAGCAUGAAGUUGAAGGGCUUAUGCACCAAAUGGCGGACGAGGCUGGGUUGGAUCUCAACAUGGAGCUGCCUCAGGGUCAGGCCGGGUCCAUUGGGUCAAGUGUGGCUUCCACAGAGCAGGAUGAAUUGUCUCAACGUUUGGCAAAACUGCGAGACCAAGUCUGAGACACGGGGAACACACACACGGGGAACACACAUACACAGGGACACACAUACACAGGGACACACAUACACAGGGACACACAUACACAGGGACACAUAUGCGGAGAUGGAGACAUGGAGACACAGAGACAUGAGAGCAAGAAAACACGAGGACUGGGAGACGGUAGACAGGGACCCAAAGCUAUGGGGGCAUCUAUUUUAUUUUUAGUUUAGAGUUAUUGAUUUAAAAAAAAAACUCAAUAUAAUCUGCAUGUGAAUACAGAGACAUGCACACACCAUGUCUGUAUCUGUGCAUCACUUUUCUCACCGUAUCUCUGUCCGUCGCUCUUGCUGUCUCUGUAUCUUUGUGUGUCUCUGUGGUAGUAGUAGAUGGUAUUGCUGCUGCUUGAAGCGGUUGUAUUUAUGAGUGGGGCUUCUCUUGUACAAAAAAAAUGUAUGAUGAUGAUGAAGAUUAUUAAAGGUCUCAUCAGACUAACAGAA